AUCUUGACUAGGGAAAUAUGGAUCACAGUUGGAUUGCGUAAGCUUCAUUUGCCUUUUUUGAAACCGCUUUAGCCUCGCCUCAUUUGUUAGGUUAAUUCAAGUCGAGUUUGUAACUUUAAUCCUCGCUUUUCCAAGCGAGUUUCAUGAAAUAGCCCUCUGGUAAACAGCAGACAUUUCCUCUGCAGUGUGUCGAUGGUCGAUUCACAUUGAAGAUGACGCACAGACUGUUUGAAGGGAAACAGCAUGCCUCCCUUUAUCAAAUGUAUCGUUUUGAUCCACCUGAUGAGAUAAAGGAGAUCAUUGUUCAAUAUCUGGACAGAAAGAAAGGACAACCCCAUGAGCUAGCUGUGGAUUUGGGAUGUGGAACAGGACAGAACUCUCGUCUGUGGGCACCACAUUUCCAGCAGGUGGUGGGCAUUGACAUCAGUGAGUCUCAGCUGAUGGAGGCAAGAGCCGUGCCGGGCUUUGCUAACCUUACCUACAGAGUGGGCACAGCAGAAGAAUUGCCAUUUCCGGAUGGCUCAGUAGACUUGCUGACGGCUUCAUCUGCAGCUCAUUGGUUUGACCCCGAGCGUUUUUUAAAGGAGGCCACGCGUGUCCUGAAGCCUCGUGGCUGCUUGGCUCUGUUUUGCUAUGGAGACAGCUUUAAAUUCUACUAUGAUUCCUGUGGAGAUCGACUUAAUAACAUAUGUGGUGAUGUAAAAGAAGUAUUAAAACCCUACACAAGCAAUAGGGUAGCUAUGGCCAACAAUAAGCUACACGAUUUAUAUGAAGCCAUACCCUUCCCAGAUAAAGAGAGGAUUGAAGUAAUUCCAGUAAAAAUACAAAAGACUAUCAAGGACACAGUUGGGUUUUUUGAGACAUUCUCCAUGUAUCAAGCCUAUCUGAGAGCACAGCCCAGUGCUGCAGUCGCUCUGUUAGAGACGGCAACAUCACGUUUUCUAAAGGAGAUGAAUGUGUCAUCAACAGAGGCCAAGCUUGAGUUAUGCAUGGACUACUUCUGUGUACUGGCGUGUAAGCCUCACUGACACGUGAUACUACUAAAACACAUGACCCACCUUUACUCAGACCUCCAGUACUCCAGUCACCUUUGGUCCUUAGCUAAUUAUUUUUUAUGAGAAGAUUUAUGUUAGUUUUUUUAAGAAGUUGUUAAAUCCGUACACUUUUUAUAAAUAAUUUAAUAGUGAAAAAAGUAUAAAUCAGUGCAUUAUUACAUUGCUUAAAGGGACAGUUCACCCAAAAAUAAAAAUUUUGUCAUCGUUUAUGUUGUUCUAAAGCUGAUUGAUUUUCUUUAUUCUGUUGAUGAACACAAAAGAAGAUAUUUUAAAAAAUUAUGUACACUGUUGACGGUACCCACUGACUCCCAUGUGUUUUUUAUACCAUGAAAGACGAUGUGUACCGUCAACUAUGUGCUUACUAUCAUUUAUCAAAAUAUCUUCUUUUGUGUUAAACAGAAUAAAGAAACUCAUACAGGAUUAGAACAACAUGAGGGUGAAGAAGUUAUAAAACAAUUUUCAUUUUAGGAUAAACUAUUACUUAAAAGAAAUAAAAAAAAUUCUCUUAAAGGUGCAGUGUGUAAAUUUUAGCGGCAUCUAGUGGUGAGGUUGCGAAUUUUGCAACCAACGCCUCAGUCCAUUGCUCACCCCUCGCUUUUGAAACACAUAGAGAAGCUAGGGAAGCCGCCACCGGACAAACAUGUCAUCGUCGGAGACAACUUAGUAAAAAAAAAUUGUCCUUUAAGGGCUUCUGUAGAAAAAUGGCGGCACAAAAUGGCGGCUUCCAUGUACCACAAACUCUCUGUGUAUGUAGAUAAAAACUUCUCAUUCUAAGGUAAUAAACACAUAGCGGUUCAUUAUAAAAGGUCUUUAUACACCGCUGAUAAUAUAGUUUUGUAUAUUAUUUUGCAUUUCUGUGAAGAGAUCCUUCUAAAAAUUACACACUGCACCUUUAAAAUUGUCCAUGCAUUGAAGCUCUUCAAACUUCACAGCACUUUUAUUUACUAUUGACCAGUAAACAUUACCUGGAUCCCACAGAAUGUUUAGUCCAAGUUUUUAGGUAAAUAAAUGACUGGUUUCACACAAAAUCUGCACACUUUAUUUUUUACUGUAAAACCCUGUUCUUUAUAACCAGUAUUAACUUGUUUGAUGUACUUGUCAGAGUAUAGUGUUUCAAUACACUGAUUGGUUGAGCA